AGCUCACGCAGCUAAUCUCAAAACUGCUGCAGUCAAAUCCUGCAGACCUGACUUCAGGUCAGCUGAGAGAGGAGGUCAAGUUUUAGUUUGGAGAGGGUUUGGGUUUUUUUUAGGAGUCAUCAUGCCUAUGAACCUGGACCUCGAGAAGCAGGAGAAGCGUUACUGCAUCCGCACUAAACAUGUAGUCAUCAUCUGUGGGAUGCUGGCAGUGUGUGCUUUGGCGUUGGGCCUUGGAUUAGGUCUGUCUGGAUCAGACACCAGCCCCCCUCCAGCUCCUACAACAGCAGAGCCUACAGCGGGACCCACACAGCCCCCAGCACCUGACAGAGGCCCCUGUGCACCUUCCACUGACUACAGUGGGGACUGGAGUAACUUUCGUCUGCCUGAGUAUGUGAAGCCGGUCCACUAUGACCUCCACCUGGAGCCCAAUCUGGAUGAUGACACCUACACCGGCACUGUGGACAUCCAAGUGGAGGUGACCAAAGCCACCCGCCACCUGUGGCUCCACAUUAGGCAGACGUAUGUCAGCGCCAAGCCCCGGCUGAAGAUUCAGUCCAGUAAGGGGGGCAAGAGGGAGAUAGGAGUGAAGAGUUGCUUUGAAUAUCAGAAACGUGAGUAUGUGGUGGUGGAGGCCACUGAGACUCUGCCCCCGACCAAACCAGGAGAGGUCUAUGUGCUCAGUCUGGACUUCCAGGGAUGGCUCAAUGGCUCUGUGGUCGGUUUCUACAGGGUCAUCUACACUGAGAAGGGGGUCCAAAAGUAAGUCCUCUGAUCUGACAUAUAAAACAAACCUAAAUGAAUAUUUAUGAUAAAAGAAAACAAAGAGGAGCAGAUUUAAACUUCAACAGUCACACACUAUUCAUAACAUUCUAUCCUGUAACAUUCAUACAUUUUAUAAAAGCUACUGAAUGUUUAGAUUGAAAAUGAUGACGAUAUAUAUUGAUAUAUUCACAACUUUGAUAUUUGUCAGCACUUUAAGAAAAUUUAAACUGUUUUAACACGCCUAUAAAUGAUUCCAACAAGUGAAGCAUUUGCUAAUCAUUUAAAAAACAAAGACACAAAACAACACUGAAGAGAGAAGACGUUGACAGGAAAAGGUCAGUGAUUAUGACACUCUUCAAGAGUUAGAUAGAUAGAUAGAUAGAUAGAUAGAUAGAUAGAUAGAUAGAUAGAUAGAUAGAUAGAUAGAUAGAUAGAUAGAUAGGUAGAUAGAUAGAUAGAUAGAUAGAUAGAUAGAAUUUUAUUGUCAUUGUGACAAGCACAACAAAAUUAAAAAGUGCCUUUACAGUCAGUGCAUUGAAAAAGGGACAAUAAAACAUUAAAUAGUAAAACAGUAAAACCAGUGCAGAGUUACACUAGUAAAAUAAUAGACUUUAAAGUGGACCCAUUGUAUUGAUCUGAACUUAAAUACACAGAUAAUGCUACGCUGUUGGAUGUCCACAUUAAAUCCAGCCAAAGUGUCAUAAAGGAGAGGUAACUUCACACAUCUUUAACUCAGGAUAGGUGUGUUGAAGAGCAAGAGAUCCAUCUCCCAUUUUACUUGGCUUGCUCUUCUGAACAGAUUGUUUGCCUGAUGAAGGUCUAGUACCAUUGCAUUAAAUUGUUCCUUUCUCUGCAAGUUGGACAGUGUGCGAGUGUUUUUCCCUGCUUGAACAGCCAAAGUUUCAUAAAAUGAGAAACACAGAUGACAAUGUAGACCUGGGACACAUUUUCCAUGACCACAACCUGACAUCAGGUUGUGCCAUCCAAUCAGGGUAAAGCUAAAUAACUGAUAUCCAGAAUAAGCUGGAUCAGAGUCUCAGCUGAUACUGAAACCAGGAGCUGUUCAUGUAGAAAGACCUUCAUGAAGCUCAGAGACACAAACUGGAAACAACAUGACAACAGGACAAGAUGGGACUACAGAUAAUGUGACAGCCUGAGAUGUUUCUGUAAAGGCAUAACUUUCAGGUCAUUUCACAGAGCUGUGUAAAAAGUAACACCCACAAUCUAUGUCUAACUUAAUAUCGGUGGAAAAGCAGCUAAAAUGAAAACUUCUGUGACUUUCAGUAAUAUCAUGUAAUUUAAGUACCUGCUAUUGGGUCUUAGCGGUAUACAUGGGUUUUGCCCUGAGUGGACGGCCCAUGUGAAAUUCCUUGCAUGUGGCUCCUUCCCUGUAUGUCAUUCCCCUCUCUCUCUUUUACCCUGUGUUCUGCUCUGCCCACUACCCUAUCCUCCAAAGGCAUGAAAAAGCCCCAUUACAGGUUUUUGUUGAUCCCUCCUGUGUGCAUGUUUUCCUAUAUCCAGGCUGAUCCAUGUGUCUAAUCCAUGACAGGCCCGUUCAAGCAUGGCUUUGUUGGACAGAAAAUUUUUCAGUGUUUUUUUAAUUGUGUUUAAUAUCUUUCUUAUCAGAGGAGUAAAUGGGCUGAAGUCAAUGAUUUUUUGAACACCAGUUUAUCAGUCUGUCUUUAUGAGGUCUCUCGCUGACUUGUGAUAUAACAGUUAUGGUUUAAUUUUCAUGAAUCAAUCACAUGAGCAAACAGCUGGGAAUGAUAACAGUGUUUUUUUGGUGUGAUUACAGACCACAGAAACCACACAGGUUACUGUUUAAACUCCUUUAUGACACAAACUGUAAUCGUUACCUCAGAUGGCUGGUUCAUUUCAAUCAUCAUUUUUCUUUUAAAGUACUACAUGGAGGUUUUCCUCUCGACCUUGGAUCUGGAUUUUAAGUUGUCAUGUCAAUCAAAUCCAUAUCUUGGCUGUCAUUUUUGCUGCGAUGAAUGGGACCUGGAUUGAUAUUGACCAGCUCUUUGGUGGAACUUCAUACUCUGACUCACAGCUUUCUAAUUGUCUGUAUUUUAGGCAGUGUCCAACAUUUGACAGAAAUCAUUAUCUGUCCAGAUGUCUUGGAGAUAUUUGGUCUUUUUCCUGCCAGAGUAAACCCAUGACUCAGCUUGCUGUCUGGCGAAUGUCAAUGUUUUUGAGCCAGCUUCCCAGAACGCAAAGUGUGACUCAAACACAUGGCAUUAAUUUACUGAGAAAAUGGGACAAGGAGGCUGUGCUUGAUUUCAGUGACUGAAACUCACAAAAGAGCCAGUAAGAUGCUGCUUGACUGGAUGAAGAAGAGUCAGCACACAAACUUCAGAUAAUCAUGCUUUCAGGACAUCCCAAAGGAAACUGAGUCCACAUUACAAUAAAGACCCUCCUACAAGAACAUUUAGAUUAUGUAACAUCCAGCCAAAGAAAUGUUCCUCUCUCUUCAUCCAUCAUCAUUUUCUGCCAAACCACUUGGACGUACAUUGAGGGUCAGUCACUCAGAGUGUUUUUUAUCACUUUCAAUCAGAGUGAUUUCGGAGAUUUGGCUUGGCUGAGUCUGUGGGGCUCUUGGUAAAGUCAGAGUUGGCUGCUCUGUUGGUAAAAGCUGUGCACGGCUUGGAUACAUGUCAGGUAUGAUGGAUUCUUGUGGUGACACACAUUUAAACUGAAGGACAGAAACAAACUCUGGAGACUAAGCCCAGAGAUCCACCCCCCUUCAGUAUCUGCCCUUCAGUACAGUUUGCUCAUAACGGUCAUUGUGUCAUUUUGGAUUAUGCUGCAUGAAUGGUUUCAAAAGUGACAUUAAUUUGAGUCAUGCUGCAAGUAUUUAGAGAUUAACACAAAUCAAAAGGCUUGAAGAAGUUUGACUUUGCAGUUUCAGUUUGGGCGAAGGUCUCCGCUCUUACAGUAUACACUGCUGACUAAGUUUGUUGGGGCAGCAGUGUUUGGAGAUAUAUCAGGGUGGUCUCAAACAGAAACUAUCUUUAGUAAAUAUUUAGACAGUGUACAUCAGAAAAAUCCUAUGAAACUGAUGUCCUGAUCUUUCUGCAAUGAUCAGUCCUUUGCUUGAUCACCAGGAAGAUUGCUGCAACUGAUCAUGAGCCAACAGAUGCUCGAAAGUCCUUCCCCUGCUUUGAUGAACCCAACAAGAAGGCCACCUACAAAGUCUCCAUCACUCAUGAUAAAAGCUACAAAGCUUUGUCCAACAUGCCGCAAGAGGUAAGCCUCCAAACUUUAUUGUCCAGAGGUAAGGACUCAGUUUCCUUUCAGCAUCUCUAAAGCUCUUCAGUCAGAGUAACGCCAAAUUCAUGAAAGGCUGUGGUUCAUGUUCAGGUAAACCUAUUAAAAUGAUCAACAAUGAACCACAACCUUACAAUGAUGAGUGAUGGAAGGUAGAGGGACCAGAUGACAGGGAUGUGAAGUCAGAUUCUUUGAGCACCAACUCAUAAAGGGUUAAACUGAAACCAAGUUGAAACAGAAUAUCUAAACAGGAGCUCAUAAUCAGAAAGAGACCAAACACUGUAUCGAUCCAAACAAGAGAUAUAUUUUUUCUCUCCUCAUCACUUUUUCCAAGUGAUUAAAAAUCACCUGGAAAAAAUGUGAUCGCUUUGUUGAUCCUGUAGUUUAUUAGAUAAAAGUUGUGGUUUUGAAAACAGACUGGUUACUUUAAAAUCCACUCAGUUUGUAAGACCAACAACUUUGAGUUCCUGCAACAUUGAGGGUUUUUUAUACCCUGAUAGGAUGGUUAGUUGUUUUCAGAGACUGUCCAGAUUAAGAAAAAACUAGCAUGUGCAACAAUAUUAACAGUUUUUAUAUUAUGAUUUUGAGUGCUUUACAGCAAUGUGAGGGGGUAAGUGAUGACUCACAGGAUGUUAAAGAACAGAGUUUUACUUUUUCAAGUAUUUUCACUGAGUAACAUUUUACAGUGGAAAGAGAAUCUAUCAGAAAACACAACUGAAGCAUGUUCAGGAUCAGAUCAGUUAAGAGAAACAAGGAAUCACUUUGUCCACAGGGGGCGCCAAAGUCAACACAAACUAAAACUUCUAGGACCUUUAACUGACAGUUUUAUUUUAGCCAUGACAUGACUAUUUAAGUUGUAUUUAAAAAUUGAUAAAAACAUCAAUUUGUUUGUUUUAUUAUUAAUUUCUGUUGAGAUUGCUUUUAGUCCAAAUCAGGGAUUGUGUUACAUUCAGAGUGGUCUCACAGUAAAGUCCUGUUAAAAUAACACCCUACAGGGUAUAAAACUCAGGGAGCUGAAGACUAGGACUUGACGAGAACACAUACUGUCCGACUGGACACUAAGACUCUAAUUUUGGGCUUUCUAACAGCCCAGAGCGUUAUAAGGACACCUGAAAGACAGUGAUUUAGUAUGGUGAGGUGGUUGUUAAGACGUCAAAGACUGAGAACAAAACAAUGAGAUGAUAAGCACAAUCUUUAAGCACCAUCAUUUUCUGUCAUAAUAUUCAGUUUAUUUCCAAGAAAAUGAGAAACUGAGUUUUAGGUCAUACAUGAAGUAAUCAGGAAGGAGAAGGAUGCUUUAUCCAGGAGACAUUAGCGGUGUUGUCAGUCUUUAAACAAUCUCAGUGAGAUAUUUACAAUAAAAGCAAUGACAUAGAUACACAGGCCACCAUUGAAAAACAGCUUUUCAAGAAGCUGAUAAAUGUUAAGAGUGAUGAGGAGCUGCUGGAGAUGGAAGAGGCAGAUUCUCUCUCAUGGUUGAGGAAAUAAAAACCAAAGAGGGCUAGAGGGGGAUGCUGAAUACUAAAAGAAGGAAUCAAUCUUGUUCCUGUGUUUUUGGGGCAGGGGGAUCCACCCAGCUCCACAGUCUGGGUGACAUCCACAUUAACCCGUUUCCUUCCUCCACAGGGAUCCUCUGAAGAAGUGCCAGGCAGUAAACUCAAGACCUCCUUUCAGAAGUCGGUUCCCAUGAGCACGUAUUUGGUAUGUUUCGCUGUGCACCAGUUUGACUGUGUGGAGAGAACUUCAGCCUCGGGGAUUCCUGUAAGUCUACCAUCACAUUUUACCAUUAACACCAUCACAUACAAUUAUUAUUAAAGGUUCAUCUUUUUAAGUGAGUUUUAUGAGGUAUGUUAAUGGUAAGUCCAUCACCAACAUGAGAUGCAGGUCAGUUUCUUUGUUGAUAAACCAGCUGGAGUUCAGUAGAGUUUACUAAUGUGUCACUGACUCAAACACCUGAUCAGGACGCUGCAGGCAGAGGAAAUAGUGCCUCCACAAAGAGACUUUCACAAGGCAAAGUAAAGCACUGAAAGAAUUCUCUCAUUACACUUACCCAGACAUGUGAAACUUUCUUAAAAUGAGCUAAAUGAGGCAAUAGAGUUGACCUUCUCUGUAGCGCUUAAUGACCUCACCUUGUGCUGGUUUCAAAGGGGUUGAGCUGAACAGGAUCUUCGAUAAGAUCUUUUAUCUGCACUUUUAAUGUUGUAGCACAAAAAACCUACAAAGUUUUGCAGCCCUGCUGAGUUUGCUGCAGUUUUGUGUUUUAUUGUGACUGAGAAGAGCUGUGGGCACCUCCACUCUCUGCUGCACAGAGCUGCACUGUGCACUCUAAUCUUGACAGCACUAAAGUCUGUCAACAUAUACUGUGUGAUGUAAUUGUCGGGACUGUUAAUCAGUUUAAACCUAAAUACAACUCAUGAAUCAGCUACAAAGAGAGCUUGGCAUUUAUAAAGACAUACUUGGAUAAAAACGCCUGUAACUUGCCCAAAGGUUGCUGGCUGAAUAGUCGUGUUUAAGGCUGGAUUUGGAGGAACAGUCUCAUACAGGGAAAAGUGGUACAUAGUGGCAGCCAUUACUGUGCAUGUGCAUCAGUGUGUAUAGAUAAGCUAACAUAAUGCAUCCAUCUGACCCUGCAAAGUCCUGACAUGCAGACUGCAGGGUCAGGAGACUGCAAACUCAGAAUGUAAAUUUGCUGUCACGUUAGGGAUGGGGGAUAAAUUAUCAUUCACAAUAUAUCAUCAAAAAAAUCCUCCAUGAUAAAUAGUUGCCAUCUCAUGAUAAAUACAAUAAAUGCUAGUUGAUGACAUAAACGCGAGCUACAGACUUACAGCCAUAGCCGACACAGAGCAGAAUAACAAACAAACAUGGCCGAAGGUAAUGAAGAAGAUAUUUCUGAGCAGCUUGUUUUUGAACGAGGCUCCACGUGAGGGAUUUUCUUCAAAUUAGGGCUUAGAUGAGUGCAAUCAGGUAUGCCUGACAUCGGACAGUGGAUCUGCUGCUGCUCUGUGCAUUAAGAGUUUUCAAUAAAUGUUGAAAAUAUUUUCACAUUUCAGACUUGUUUGAUGUCAUUAGUUUUCUCCGUAACCUACCACUCAAACUUGUGGUUAAGUAUCUUAUUAGACUGCUCCAACUGGUGUUCUCAAGACAAAAUGAUUUAAAAAUAUAGAUUGCAAUUAUAAUAUUUUUAUCAAGACUUUUAUCGUUAUAGCCAGAAUGGCAAAUCUUAUCAUGAUACAUUUUUUAGCCCAUAUCGCCCAUCCCUAUGUCACAUACACUACCUUUUUGGUGCAAACAUUUACCCAUCGAAUGGAAAAUCUACCUGUAUGGUGAGUGUUAAUGUCAGACCUUGAUGACUCAUUAAAAUGUAUGCAAAUAACUCUGGAGCACAGUGAUAAUGUCUUUUGCUCAUUUGCACAUUAGCGGGUGCAAAAGCUGCCCAACUCUUGAAUCAGACUCUAACCCUCAUACUUCUCAAAACUAACUUUUUUUUUUACAAUUACAAAAAGUGGAUUUUCCCUUUAAUGCAAUGUCUUACUUUCACAUUUACACCGAUGCUUUCUUCUUUGUAUGUUUCGUUUCCUUCUGCUCAUUCAGCUGAAAAUCUACGCUCAGCCUUCUCAGUUAGCGACUGCAGAAUACGCAGCCAACACAACCAAGAUCAUCUUCGAUUACUUUGAGGAUUACUUCAACAUGAGUUACUCCAUCUCCAAACUGGGUAAGACCAGACAAGAACAAUACAAACAAAAGUUCAGACUUAAUAAGGAAUGAAGCUGAAGUUUGUAAAAAAAAAAAACAAAAAAAAAAAAAAACACUCCCCUUUACCUCUCAUACACGCUGCUGUGGCUGUUCACCCAUUAGUCUCUAAGUAUAAAGAUUAUUGUGACGGUUCUAACAAGGGCCAUGGACUGUGAAUAAGCCAAAGCAAAAAGUCAAACAAAUGUCUGUUACAGGUACUGUAAGACUGUUUGUGUGUUCUUGUCUCAGAUAAGAUCGCCAUCCCUGACUUUGGCACUGGAGCCAUGGAGAACUGGGGCCUGAUCACCUACAGGGAGACCAAUCUGCUGUACGAUGAGAACCAGUCGUCCUCUUACAACAAGCAGAGAGUGGCCAGUGUCAUCGCCCAUGAACUGGUUCACCAGGUAUCCACCUCCUCUUUGGUUCAACUUUGACUGAUGUCAUUUGAAAAUUGACACCCAGUUCACCCUCCUCUUUUUGCGUAUUUAUCCUCAUUAAUGUUAUUUGAAUCCCACUGACCAGUCAGGUGUGAAUAUAAUUCUGAUUUUAAAGCCACUGUAAGGAUUUUUAAACAGGCUGAAAUUGUGACUAACAAAGGCAACAGGGACAUCAAUCACAACAAUAACAUAUUUUGAUUAUUAUGAUUAUUAUUAUAUUAUAUCAUAUGAAGGCCUUUUUCAAAUCAGUAUUUUCUAAAUAUUACUUCCUGACACAUUUGAGGAAGAUUUAAAUGUAUUAUCAUGAGUAAUAAAAUAAGUUUAAUGAGCAGGAACUGUCUACAAAGUGCAAUACUGAAAAACGAUGCUGCAGAGAUAUCAGUAACUUCCAGCAGGUUCAGAGUUAUUAUCAUUUCACUGUAGUUUACUAUAGUUUGUUAUAUCACAACUGUUGGUCAGGGAAAAUAUUCUUUUACAUAAUAAAGUGAGCCUCAAUGCUUUGUGUUCAUAUAAAUAGUAUGUUUACUAGCUGCAUAAUUGCAGGCUGACUCAGGUUUAUGGGCCUUUCUGUUUUUAUCACAGAUGGAAGAGUUCAGAGUUCAGAGGUGUAAAUGUUUCAAAUCCUGUCCUGCUGCUACAGUUUUAUGAUCUAGGGAUACUUUUUCUAUGAUAUCAGAUAUCGCUUUGUAGAAAAGAAGCCUUGAAGUGGUCAAUCAAGUUUUGUAGAGUGUUGGUGGUGAAUCACAGGCUUUUGUGAUGCUUGAACCUGAGACCAUUAGUACAGAGGAAAGUACUGUAUACUCAGGGUUUCACCACAGAGUCAACGUUUACUCUUGAAAAACUGAUUUUACUAAGACUUUAUUCUAGUAAGAUUCAGAGUCAGCUUUGAUUGUGUCCUGUGGGUUUACUUCAGUGUUCCAGCUCUGUGCAGUUUAAUUUCUGCUGCUAGAGGAUUGAAAAAGUCAGCUCUCUUAUUGAACAUUUUCUGCUUUUUAGUUUCAUAGUUUUUGAUAUGCUUCUCUCCCUCCACCUGGUCUUAAAAGUUAAACAUACUGUGUAACCCCUCCCCACUAUCACUUCCUCUUUCCUCUCUGUCUGGAUUUCCUCAUUGAUCCAUGUUCAGGGUGUUUCUGAAACUCCCAAAUUAAAGAUUACAGUCCAGAAUUAAAUCAGUUAAAGUUACAUCACAGCAGGAUGUUCACAGACCUUUUAGAUAAGAUAGGAUAGAUCUACUUUACUGUCCUCUGGGUGAGAAUUUUUAUUCAUAUGUAUAAGUUUGUAAUCUGACCGUUAGUUGAACCUGUGUUGUGCUGCGCUUGUGCCUGGUUUUUCAGCCCAUCCGUGUGUUCAUUUUUGGCAGAGGCAGCAAGUCGAGGUCUGGUGUUAAUGGGUUAUAAAGGGAAUAAGGGAGUGCUGCACAUGGCCUGGUAAAAAACAAGAAACUUUAUUUCUCCACCUUCCCGUCUGUUGUUGCCUGGUUCACUGUAAGAGUCUCUGUUCGUCUGGGUUAUUUGUUUGCAUUUUCAUUCAGGUGCUUUGUGUUGACAUCUCUGGAGGAGUGUGGGAGUGUCGAGGGUAAACUCUGUAGGAUUCUUCUGACAGUAGAGAGAGCUCAGUGUUUAAGUAGACUCAUGACUCCUGGUUGGCUCAUCUGUGAAGCAGCUGCAUGAGGUCUUUACGUCUAACCUGAUCCUGCCUAUGUUUCUCUAGUGGUUUGGAAACAUUGUGACCAUGGAUUGGUGGGACGACCUCUGGCUGAACGAGGGCUUCGCCAGUUUCUUUGAGUAUGUGGGUGUGGAGGAAGCAGAGCCGAGCUGGAGCAUGGUGAGUUUUCCCUCAAAAAGGUAAAAAAAAAACCUAAAGAGUUCACAAACUGACCAAGUUCACUCCUGUGUGACACAGCGAGACAUCAUGAUCAUCAGCGACGUGCUGCCGGUCAUGGUGGACGACGCCUUGCUCUCCUCCCACCCGAUCAUCGUGAACGUUUCAACCCCAGCAGAGAUAACCUCUGUGUUUGAUGCCAUCUCAUACAGUAAGGUACUGAAAGACCUCACACCUGUAAGUUUUUCAUGAGUGGCAAUUUAUCAAGCAGGUAAACUGAUAACGAUCCUUCUUCAUCCAGGGGGCGUCCAUCCUUAGGAUGUUGGAGGACUGGAUGGGAAAAGAGAAGUUCAGAGACGGCUGUCGAGUGAGUUCCGGACAAAAAUUCAAACCUUUUGCUCAUUAUUUUACUUCUAUAUUAACAGUUUAUGUUUUUUUUUGUCCUUUUCAGAAAUAUUUGAAGGACUUCUACUUCAAGAACGCCAAAACAGCAAACUUCUGGGCAUCCCUUGCAAGUGUAUGUGUACAUUUCACCCAUAGUUUUUACAAAUUCCGAUUAUAACCUAAGCCUCAAAGUCAGGGUCAGUGAUUUACUUCCGUUUUUUUAUAUUGAGGGGGAGGUUUCAGCUCGAGAUGGAAAUAUAACCUCAAGCUUUGAAAGUCCAUUAAACAUCCCCUCCCUCUCUGUGAGCAGGUGAGUGGGUUGCCAGUUGCAGAUGUCAUGGACACAUGGACCAAACAGAUGGGUUACCCAGUACUGGAUCUGUUCGUCUCAGAUACAGGCGCCAAGCUGACCCAGAGGCGUUUCCUCUUGGAUCCUAAAGCUAAUGCCACCGAACCCCCUUCACCUUUUGAGUGAGUGAAACAAAUGCUAAACCCAUCCAAGACACCUGAGAUUACCAGAGCUGGAUCAUCAUGUCUAUGCUCUGUCAUCCCCAACAAAUCCAGACAAGCGAAAAUCAAAACACACAAAGACUUGUAUGAAUAUUUAAUGAUUAGACAGAUUUAUUAAAUUACGUUAAUGAUUAAUUCACCCAUACUAAAAUAAUAAGGAUCAAAAUGACUUUGAUUCAAAGGCUGUUUAAAAUAUAAGUGUUGUCUUAGUUACAUUGCAAUAGUUUGUGUCUCUUUAGCAACCAUAGUAAGUUUGUAGUCUAUCAUACUGGCAACUAUUUUCUAAAAAAAAAAAUUGCAACUUCUUUUUCAAACUUAUACUUCCUAUUAAUUCCUAUUAAUUUUCCAUUUAUUAAUUUUUUUUGAUUGCCUCCUCCUAAAGUUUUGUAACUUUUUCACAGAAAUUUGCAACUUUUUUGUUGUUUUUCCAUUUUUUUCUGUAAAGUAGCAUUUUUUUUCUCAACAAUUUUCAUUUUGUUUGUCACAAUUUGCAACUACAAAUUUUCUAACAUUUUUCUGUUUUUUUUUUGUUCACAAAUGUUCUUUUUGUCACAAUAUGUUACUUCCUUUCUAAACAGUAUUCAAAUUUUAAUCAGUUAGUUUAGUUUAGUUACUUUGUUAGCUAGUUUUACAGCAGCCCCACCAACUGUUGGGAAAUCAUUCUCUUAGCAGGCGGAUAAGAAAACUGUUUCCACAGAUGCUCCACUAACCAUCAAAUCUUAGAGGCUACCUCUUUAUAAACCAAUCCUCUUUAAAUUAAAUGUGAAUUAGAAAUCCAACAGGGUGGUUCAGGACCCUGACCCUCUUACAUAAGUCACAGUGUGUUACACUUAUAAAUGAAAAAAAAAAAAAAAAAAGACUAAAAAAACAACUGGAAUACCUUGUUUUGAAGCAGUUGGUUUAUUUUUUGUGUAUAUAUUUAUUUGCAGGAUAUGAAAAGACUCACACUCCCUCAUUCACAUUGAUAAAUCUUUUUUCUCACAGGUAUAAGUGGACAAUUCCCGUUGAAUGGCAUUCUUUAACAUCUGAUAAAAACAUGUUGGAGAUGUUCGAUAAGAGCAGCCCAGGUAAAAGUUUAAACUUUAAUGUUGCAUCAAAAUAAUCAGAGUUUUGAUUGUCUGCUGACAUAUUUCAUUGUCUAUUUUACUAAUUAAUAUUUGUACUUUGAGGAGGAAGAGAAGGAAUAAAAACUACUGAUUUAAUAUAGUAUUUCAGGGUAACUCACUUAAGACAGUUGGUCAGAAAUGUGGUAGUCUUUACUGAUCUCAUCUCACUGUCUGUUUUCAGAGCUGCCCAUCACGAACUACUCACCCUCUGCAGAUGGGCUCAUAAAAGUGAACAACGAUCAUAUUGGAUUUUACAGAGUUAACCACGACGAUAACAUGUGGAACAGCAUCAGCAAACAGCUGCAAGACAACCACACGGUGAAGAUGUGCUCACAUCCUUAAAACGCUGUUUCAGACUCCUUUCUCAGUGGCCUCACCAUCUCCACACUACAAAGUGUAUUUAUGUGACAUCAUAUCAGUACUUUCACCUCAAUCUGCUAAUCUUUUCUACAUGGGUCUCUAAUAUAAACCGGAUAGUCUUUCAUAUGGGCUCUCAAACUAUAAGCUGUUAUGAACGCUUAUGAUCACUCAUCAGGAUUGAUGUAAAGUCUAACUGAUGCCUUUUUAGGGCUUUAUAAAUUAUGCUCACAGAAAAGAGGGAUCCUUCUCUACACAUAAUGGAGAUAUUAUUGAUGUUAAUAUUCUUUCUGAUGCAGUUUUCUGUCUCAAACAGGAGUUUGAUCCGGCCGACAGAACAAGCUACAUUGACGAUGUUUUUGCUCUUGCGAGGUAAAAUCUCCACAGGAACAGCAACAACACUGUGAUCCCUCAGCCCUACACAGCUGUGGGUAACGCUGUUCUUAUUUCACUGUCAGGGCAAACAUCAUAGAUUAUGGGAAUGCCUUCAACCUCACUGAGUACCUGAACAAAGAGAGGGACUACAUCGUGUGGGACAGAGUGGCCUCUUCCAUCGCCUACGUCCGAGACAUGCUCUCAGGAAACCCUGCACUCUACCCAAAGUUUCAGGUCAGAGGGCUGAUGGUUUCAUCUUCACUCUCUUUUUAACACUGAUUUGUUUGUUACUAACAAACCUGUGUUUCAAACAUUAAUAUGUAAUGGGUCAAUCUGUAAACAUCUCUGCUGUUACUGAUUAACCCAGUUUUUCUUUCCAGGAACUGUUUAAAGGACAUGUUCAAAGCAUCUCUGAAGAGCUUGGAUGGGAGGAUACAGGAUCACAGACAGAGAGGUGCAAAAAUACUGUAUUUGUGAUUAGUUCUUUCAGCUUUACUCUCUUUUUAACACUGAUUCGUUUGUUACUGAAAAACCUGUGUUAAAUACAAGUUUGGUGACUGUGAUGUUUUUGCAGGUUGCUGAGGGAGACGGUGCUCAGCAUCGCCUGUCAGAUGGGGGAUGGAGACGCUCUGAACCAAGCCUCUCGCAUCUUUGAUCAGUGGAUAUCUGGAGAAAUCAGGUAACAACUUACAGACCACACCGCACUAUCUGUCGUCUGUGCUUGCUUACAUCCAGGUAGUUGAGUGUCAUAGCAUUAUUACAGACAUAAUUAUAAACACUGACUGGAGCUGUGGCCCUGGCUGGAGUAUUUGGCUAUGAUAGAGCCUAGACAGCGCAGUUAUCAUUUAGUCAGAGGCCCUGUUAUCAGAGGAAAUGAUUAUUUGUGUGCAAACAGUUUUAUUUAGUGGUAUGCUUUUGCCCGUCCAUGUGCAUACCUGACAUGCCAAGGCGGGUAGAUCAGCAGCAAGGACCCUUGGGUAAAAAUAUAGCAGACGGUAAACUGACGUUCUGUGGGCUGAGCUUGACUUCGAAGCCUGCCCAAUCUAACUCUUUUUCUCAACAUCUGAGCUAACAAUACUAAAAGUAUAAAUAAUGGCGAUUUAUAGCAUGGCUGCAUAGAUUUGCUCGGUCGGUUAAACAUGCACAUCCCUAUUUUAAGCACUUCAGUCUGCUGCAAUCUCUCCAGGAGAAAAUGAAAAUGAACUACAAACACCAAAAGUGUUUUUGCAUCAGGCUGUAAAUGGGUUUAUUUCCACUGUAAAAUCAGAACCAAUCUCUAGUGGAUGCUGUUGGAACUGCUGGUUUUCUCACUUGGGUUCUAAGUAUGGAGUAGGUGAUUAUUACUAGGAAACCAAACAAGAAAGUUUGUAAAAAAGAGUGAUUGAAACCUGCAGACAGCUGCCAUAUAGAUAUAAGAUUUGUCAUCUCUGUCAAACUGACAUUUAUGCUCCCUUUCCUGACCUUUGACCUGCAGUAGUGUGGCAGUGAACCUCCGGCUGUUAGUCUAUCGAUAUGGCAUGAAGAAUUCAGGUGUAAAAAAUUGGGACACCAUGUUUCAGAGGUACACCGACUCGACUUUGGCUCAGGAGAAGGACAAGCUGCUGUAUGGGCUGGCAUCUGUGGAGAACGUGGAUCUCCUCUACAAGUAAUUGAAAAGACAUCAUACUUUAAGGCUCCUAGGAUCUGGUGUUAGUGCUUGGACUCACCUGUCUUCUUUCCAACAGGCUGCUGGAGGCGUCCAAAAAUGAGACUGUGGUGAGAAGUCAGGAUCUGUUCACUCUGGUUCGAUAUGUGUCUCUGAACCCGCUGGGUCAGAGCAUGGCCUGGGACUGGACCACACUUAACUGGGACUACCUGGUCGACAGGUGAGUAAAAGAAGGUUCCUGGACUGACAGACACAAUCCAAAAAUGGACAAAAUCUAGGUCAUUGAGGUGCAUUUUUCUGCUCUUGAAGAAGCUCCUACUAACAAGGACCCCUGCACACAGCCCUGCACUAAAGUACUCCUGAAUACUGUAGUUUUACAACACUGUCAGAGAUAGAUGGAGAUCAGAAACUCAGAUCACAUUAGAUGUGGGGUUUCCAAACAUACUGUAGAUAGUAACCUUUCUAGUUUUAACUCUUGAGUUAUCUCUCUUUAAACAAAAAUGUCUCAAUCUUUUCAUAAAAUCCUUCAAUGGUGUUUUGUCAAUUAAGUAAAAACACCCUGUGGGGUCAGCUGUAACUCUCAUGUGAUACUGUGUGGGCUGAUAAGGAUCAAGGUUAUUGGCUGAUAAAAUGACAGAACUCUUUUAACCAUAAACCCAGAGUGUUGAUAAGAAAGAACAAAAAGCAGAGUAGUGUUUUUAUCCUUGAGACAGGAUAAUCCUUUAAAGCUGUCCUUACUCACAAACAGAACAUUUCAGAUAAGCGUGUUGUAGUUUCAAGACCUCUUUGCUCUCCUCACAGGUACACCAUCAAUGACAGGAACCUCGGCCGUCUGCUGGGUCGAAUUUCCACCAGCUACAACACAGAGCUGCAGCUGUGGAAGGUGAGCGCUGCACUUUACAGCGACGAGCUUUCUCUGUCUUUAUUCAACAGCAGUUAGUUCAAACACCUGCAGUUUUUAAAAUGUCCCCCUCUGUUUCUUUGCUGCACCAAAGUCAAUGUGCAAACAAUCCCUGUGAGGGGAAAUGGCAGCAUACAACUUCAAAAAACAUGCUGCAACAGCCACAGAGUAAAGUUUACAACAUAUGAGCUGGUGAUGCAACAGAGGGUCACACUUACAGUAGGUUACAGUCUUAACAUGGGUAUUAGUGCACACAGAGCGAUGAGCAGGGAUUUCUCUUAUUGACAGUGGCUCUCCUCCAUCAACCACACUGUUUUAUCAUGUUGCAUACUCUUUUGCAGGUUAACAAGCUUUUUCCAGGUUUGCAUGCCUUUUUGUAGGUUUGCAUGACAUAAAAGUAGGAUGACCGUGUUUUGAGACGUCCAAACAGUGACACUUGUAAUGAAAUGACUUAAAUAAGCACAAAUCACAAGGACUACAAUGAUUUCCUCUGAGCUGCCUGUUUGGUUGUUACUAGUGUUUGCCAAUCUGAAACAGGUAGUUACCUCUAGCCUGUACCCUCUGUUUGUGCUCGCUUGUUUUAGUAUGACUUUGUAUGUCAGUGUUUCCUCUGUUGAUGACUUGACUUGAGAAAGACAUACGGUUCCCCUGUAUAAACAUCUUCAUCCCUACCUGCUUGCUGAUGAAGAUGUUUAUACAGGUGUUUGAGUGUUCGUUUGCAGAUCCUUUGAAGAUGCUUCUCUUUGCUGCUCUUGCAGAUGGAGCAUUUCUUCAGUCUGACACCAAAUGCAGGUGCAGGCGAGAUGCCUCGACAGCAGGCGCUGGAGACAGUGAGGAACAACAUUGCGUGGAUAAAAGCGAACGAGGCAGAGAUCAGGACGUGGCUGGAGAGCAACGUGGCCUGAACAGACAGACUGUCCCCUGUUCUGGACCAGAGUGUAUACAGUCUCCUGUACCUAAACAUGGACUUUAAUGAUCUCCAAAGGGGAAUUCAAUAUUAUAAUAUUUUAAUAUUAAGAAGCUGUUGAUCUAAGUGAGAGGAGGAUUUGGGUGUUUUCACACCUGGUCUGUUUUGAUUCUGAUUGUUCUGUACUUGCUCAGGUUGAUCUCCUAUUAGUACGGCUUGAGUCUUUGGGUACCUUUCCCAAUCAAACAUAGUCUCAGUGAUGUGAGAAAUGUUGUGAUGAAGCACAUUGAUGAUGGUUGCCACUUAAAGAAGUGGAGCUUUUAGCCUCCUGGUUAACAGCAACAACACUCCAACCUCAACAUAGGUUCAGGCCUCUGCAAACCUACAUGAAAUGGAUUGGAUGCAGAUGUUUAAAUCAGACUUUACAGCAGAGGGAUUUUACUGCGGUCACCAAGAGAUCUACUGGGGCAGCUGAUCCUCAAUCAGACCCAAACAAACUUACAGACGGGAUCCAGGUUUUAAAACACUGAAACUAUGAAUGUAAACACCCACCUUACAAGCACAUUACAGGGACAAAAAGACACAUGAAGUGAUUUUCAGAUGGGGAAAAAAACCUACUUGAAAUGACUUUAUAAAGUUUGAAAACAGUAAAGAUUCAUAGAGAGGAGUUUGGGUUUAAAAACUCAGGCAGUGUCUAAUAUUAAAGGACAUCACAAGACAGUUGAGCAGGUUAAAUGGAAUCAAUGGUCCCUGAGAGUUAUUUAUACACUCCAUGAAGGUUUUGCAUUUCAGCUUUUUUGAUGACAUUUUAUUUUACUAUGUUCAUUAUUUUUUCUUCAUUGCUGAUUUAGAUGCUCGACACCAGAAAUCCUGCUCUCCUAUUUGCUUUGGAAACCUUUUACAGAUUCAAAUCCCAUAAUGGAUCUCAGUUUAAAAAAUACUAAGUGAAGUGUAAAUCUGUUUUCAGUUAUUUGUGUUGAAUAAAGAUGACUUUGACUGUCAGGCCAAGCACUGAAA